AUGCCUGUGUUGUUCGAUUGUUCCCAGCCGUAUUUCUGCUAAUUGUUGGAGUGCUGCUCGUAGUGGCGUCAAAGCAUCGUCGGUUAAAUUUGUUUGCGAUAACCCUGGGAAUUAGAAAAGGAAUCUCGGGCGCUUGCUUAGUUAACGUAUGCGUAAAAAAUUAACGGAAACGCGUGCGAUGCGUUUUUGUGUUCGAUCGACUUUCUUCUAAACGCCGCCCACAAGCUUCGCCGAACAAUUGACAGUUGCCGUUGACGUGUGCAGCGCAAUAUGGCUGAUCUUUUCGCCAAAGUUAAUUGCACGUACUGCCAGGAGGAAAUUAGUGGGGUGCGGAUUCAGUGCUGCGAAUGUCCCAAUUUCGAUAUUUGCCACUUGUGUUUCGCGUCGGGUGCCGAAAUAGGUCCACAUAAGAACGACCACUCAUACAGAUUUGUGGACAACUGCUCGGUGAGUAUUUUCGGCGGUAGGGGCUCUUGGACCGGCAGGGAACACCUGCAGCUGUUAGACGCGGUCGAAUUGUACGCUUAUGGGAAUUGGGAACUUGUCGCUAAGAAUGUUGGUACCCGUACAGCUGAAGAGUGCAAAGAGGAGUAUAUUUCGCGCUACCUGGACGGGAACAUCGGCAGGGCCACCUGGGCCCAACUGGCCAAUCACAAAUUGAAUUUCGUCAACCACGUUCCAGAAGAUAAUGGUCCUUUAUCCCAGAACGCCCUCUCCAGGCUGCCUCCGUUGGAUUGCACGCCCGAGGAGGCUGCGUGGUUGGGGUAUAAGCCACACAGAGACGAUUACGAAAGGGAAUAUUCUCCAAGCUCCGAGCAACUCGUCGCCGAGCUGCAGCUCGAGGUGGAGGACGAGGGCGAGGUGGAGAAAGCGUUAAAACUCGCCAUAGUUGACAUAUACUCAAGACGGCUGCGCGAGCGGUCAAGAAGGAAAAGAAUCGUUCGCGAUUACCAGCUUGUCCGAAAGUUUUUCAACAAUUCGAGGAAAGACCAGAUGAAGGCGCAGGUACCCAAACAACAAAGAGAGUUGCGUGACAAGAUGCGGGUAUUUGCACAGUUCCUGUCGUGCGGCGAGCACGAGAGGUUAAUCUCGAGCAUGGAACGGGAACGCGAGUUGCGUCACCGGCUUGCGGACCUGACGCGUUACCGCAGCCUGGGCCUCCUCACGCAGCAGGAUAUCAUCCACUUCGAACAGCAUGCGGCCUAUCAGCGGCAACAGGCCAGACAAAAAUCUGGCAGCAGUGGAUCGGUGGCGACGCGCACGGAGCAGCGCUCCGUAAACGGAAGCGUAGAAAGCGAUCAAGAUUUCACCGGCGAAAAAUCCACGUCGGAUCCAAGCGGCGGCUGCGCUUCAUCCAGCAGCAACGACAGCAGCAGCUUCAGCAACAAUUCGAACUGCUCCAGUAGCCAAGAGGCGGCGGUGCCGGCCCCCGAUCUCGCCAAACUGCCGAUGGGGUCGUUGCUGUCGCGUAACGAGAUACAACUCUGCACCGACCUCAACCUAGUGCCCAUGGCCUACGUCACCAUGAAGUCGCUCAUUAUUAUGGCGUUUUGCAGGAUAACCUGCUGUCGCCAGGAAAGUACACCGCAGAGGCGGAUGAUUCCGACGACUCGGGGGCAGAGGACACUCCCAUCGAAAAGGGUGAUUCUAAACCCGACAGCGAAGAAACGAACGUUCAGUUCGAAGUGAUCAAUUUUCUAAGCCGCAGCGGGUGGCUGCCCAACGUGUCGGUUAAUUGAAUGUCGCGUAGACGAUGGUUUAGUUUCCAGUUUGUUUUUGUCGGUAGGGUUUAACGGGCAGAGUUGUAUUUCGUCUUUUUUCUUCUUUCCUUUCGUCUUAAAUUGUACGGAAAUCGCUUCAACAUUGCAUGUGUACAUAACAAAUUAUUUAGUUGUAUAUAAAGUGAU